UGGACUCCGGGCAGAGGCACAUCGGGCAGGACAUCGGGCAGAGGCACAUCGGGCAGGACUCCGGGCAGAGGCACAUCGGGCAGGACUCCGGGCAGAGGCACAUCGGGCAGGACUCCGGGCAGAGGCACAUCGGGCAGGACUCCGGGCAGAGGCACAUCGGGCAGGCGAAGCAGCAGGCAGCGGGCCACCAGGGAUUACCAGGCGAAGCAGCAGGCAGCGGGCCCCAGGCGGAGCAGCAGGCACCGGGCCCCCGGGCGGAGCAGCAGGCAUGCCGGGCCCCCGGGCGGGGGCGACAGGCACCGGGCCCCCGGGCGGCAGCAGGCACCGGGCCCCCGGGCCCCGGGCAGGCACCGGGCCCCCGGGCGGGGCAGCAGGCACCGGGCCCCCGGGGGCGGGGGGGGGCAGGCACCGGGCCCCCGGGCGGGGCAGCAGGCACCGGGCCCCCGGGCG